AUAACACAAUUCUUCCCCAUCCAUCCCAUAUUCGUCCUACAGCUCAAAACCCAUAAUACAGGUUGUUUUCCUUGCAAGUUGCAAUCUAAGUUCGGAGAGGGAGAGAUGUCUGUGGUUGGUAGUCUGGAGGCUGAUCUUGACCUCAAUACUUCAGCUGCGAAGUUUCUAGAAAUAUUCUCGACCAGAAUAUAUGAGCUCGUCACCGUGUCCCCAGACUUCAUACAAAGCAUUGAAAUUGUUCAAGGUCAAUUGGGCACUGCAGGCUUCGUCUUCCUCGCUCAUUAUUCCCUCCUGGAUGGGAUGGCACAAGUGUCUAAAGUGGUGGUGGAGAGUAUAAACUUAACAGACGUAUCGAUGACGUUCAAAGUGAUAGAGGGAGAUCUGUUGGAUGUAUACAACAGCUUCGUGAUUUAUCUGAAACUGACUCCAAAUAUACUGUCGGUGGGAAGCGUUUUGCAUUGGACCUCUGAACAUGAGAAGCCAACCGCAGACACUGUAGACCCUACCUCGCUGAUGGAAGUUGCUAUUCGAGUCUCCAAAGACAUUGAUGCUUAUGUCACCAACCUCAUCUAGACCUUAUGCUUUCAUUUCUUGCUUCUUAUUAAUUAAACUGCCCUGCCUGAACAAGUUAAUUGGUGUGCCAAGUACAAAUUGACUUUGCCAUCGCCUUCUCUUUUCAGCGAUGCGUGUACCUAUGUAUUUGCUAUUUAUAAGCCCAUGUGGGUGUACAAUGGGAAUUGCUGCCUCUUUAAUGUA